AUGGCAUCCCCCUCUGAAGUUGAACCAAACAACAGUGAAGUUGUAAACAACUGCAAGCGGUCUGAAAAUGGGCUUUACAAGCCUAUAGGAGACAACAUUGAUAUAGCAUGGCAGUGGAACAACUUGAAGAAUCCACAUGAUAGGAAGAGAGUAACAUGUGAUUUCUGUGGGGUGACAACUUCAAGAGGAAUUACAAGGGCAAAACGUCAUCAAAUGAAAAAAAAGGGAGAUUGUAAUUCAUGUAGGAAAGUUCCAGAAGAAGUGGUGCUGUUGUUGAAGGAAGCUCUUUCUAAGAAACAAGGGCAACAAGAACACUUGAUUGAAUUGCAUGAAGAUGAAGAGGAAGAAGAUCAGUUGCAAGAAAUUGUGUCAAUUAAAAGUGGGAAAAGACCUAUAAGUUCAAGUGGGGCUUCCUCUACUGUUCCUAAGAAGCCAAAUGUUAAAGGCCCCUUGGAUUUACAUUUUAUGAGAGAUCCGGAGACAAGCUUGAAGUUGACAAAAUCUAAGAAGCAAACAAGCAUGAUUGAUGCAUGUGAUAAAGAAGCUAGAGCAAGGACAAUCCAAUAUAUUGCUAGAUUCUUUAUUCGGAAUAGCAUUCCAUUCAAUGUUGUGCGAACAAAGAGCUUCAAGUUGAUGCUUGAGGCCGUUGGAAACUAUGGCCCUCACUUGAAAGCUCAAAGCUACCAUGAGAUGAGAGUUCCCCUCCUAAAAAAGGAGUUGGAAUACACCGAAAACUUGAUGAAGAAAAAUGUGGAAGAGAGAGGAAAGUAUGGUUGCUCGAUUAUGUCCGAUGCUUGGACGGAUAGGAAGCAAAGGACUUUGAUAAAUUUUCUAGUGAAUAGCCCAGCUGGAUCUAUGUUUGUUAGGAGUGUUGAUGGAUCUUCAUACAUGAAGACCGGAGAAAAGUUAUUCACUCUUUUGGACAACCUUGUUGAGGAGAUUGGUGAGAAGAAUGUUGUGCAAGUGGUGACCGACAACAUAAGCAAUUAUGUAUUGGCCGGUAAAAUUCUACAAGCUAAGAGGAAGCACUUAUUUUGGACUCCAUGUGCUGCCCAUUGCAUUGAUUUGAUCUUAGAAGACAUUGUCAAGCUUAAAAGAGUUCAAGAGACCAUCAAAAGGGGUAUAAGUCUUGUUGGCUUUUUCUAUAAUCACACUUUGGCAUUGAACAUCAUGAGAAAGUACACCAACAAAUCAGAAUUGGUUAGACAUGGAGUUACAAGAUUUGCCACCACAUUUCUCACUUUGCGAAGGUUGUACACUCAAAGAAACAACCUUAGAAAGAUGUUCACUUCCGAUGAUUGGACAAAGACUACCUUGGCUAAAGUCACUAAGGGGAAAGGGGCAACAAAUGUGGUUCUCAUGAACACAUUUUGGAAUGACGUUGCUUAUUGUCUUAGGUCUAUGAGGCCAUUGGUGGGUGUCCUAAGGCUUGUUGAUAAUGAAAGGAAGCCGGCAAUGGGUUACAUAUAUGAAGCUAUGGAUAGGGCUAAGGAGGCUAUUAAAAGUGGUUUUAAAGGAAAUGAAAGCAAGUACAAGGAGAUUUGGGCAAUAAUUGAUAAUAGGUGGGAAUGUCAACUUCACCAUCCAUUGCAUGCUACGGGACAUUUUCUGAAUCCAGAAUACUUUUAUGAUAAUCCGGAUAUGGAUCGUAAUCUAGAAAUCAUGGAUGGUGUCUACAAAUGUAUUGAUGUACUUAGUGAGAAUAAUGAAGUGAAUGAUAAAGUUGUGCUUGAAUUGGCUGAGUAUAAGGUGGCUGGAGGCUUCUUUGGAAAGAAACAAGUCGUAAGAGCAAGGAAAACAAUGUCUCCUGAUGGCAUUGAUGAUAGUAAUGAGUGGUUGUUGGGAGAAAUGGGUGGAGAUGGAGAAGAACAUGCUGAAAAUGAUUUGGUUUUUGAAGAUGAUGACUUAACUUUGGGAGAUGUUGCCAAUGCAGGAGGUGUUGAUGAGCCCUUGACAUAUACUAGGAGGACAUCAAAAAGGGGAAUUGAUGCUGCCACUACAUCUUCUACUACUAGGUCUAGGCCUUCAACUUCAACCACUAGAGGCCGAGGGAGGGGACAAAGAAGAGGCAAGGGAGCGGUGAUAGAAGAAGUUGAUUUGGAAAGUGAAGAGGAAAGUGAAGAGGAAGAGGAGGUGGGGGAAGAAAUCUACCACACGGACACAAGUGAAAGUGACAAUGAAGAGGAUCCCGAGCUAGAAGAAGAUGAUGAUUGA